UAAGACACGGCUGAGUCAUGUGCAUCAAGAAAGAGGAAAUGCAAGAGAACAAAGCUCGAGAAUGCAUUCCGAUCAAAUCAAGAAGCGAAACGGUCUGGUGCCCUGCCCACCUCAGCUCACAUGAGAGCCUGGUGCUUUCCGGAUAUCGCAAAACUCGGACAGUAGCUCAUUAUUAUUACGUUUCUCCACUUCGGAUUAUUGUGAAUAAUGUUCCUAAAGGCUCCACUUUACCCACUGGGUAUUUUCACCAGCUGCAUGCGCCUGUUUUAUUAAUGGCAAUGUUAGUAUAAAAAUAGCUGCAACCACAGUAACACGCAAGCAGAGGAAGUGAAAAAACACUGUACGCUUACAAGCGCUUCCUGGUAGGUGAAGCCACUCUAGCCAAUUAAAUGCAAGAGCGCGCAGAUGUUUGUCGGGGAUUGGUCAACUGCGCAUCGAAAACGUAUAAACUGAAACAGCUGCGCACUUUUAUUCCUGCAGCCGACGCCGUAAAAACUUGGAGCGCAGUUUUUUUUUUUCUUGUGCACGGAAUCUUGAAGGCUGACCAGGAAGAGAGGCUCAUUUUGUGCGAUGGCUGUUGUGUACGGUGGCGUCGAGGGUGGGGGAACCCAUUCAAAAGCAGUGCUGAUUUCAGAGGCUGGCCAGAUCCUGGCCGAGACAGAAGGACCUUGUACUAAUCACUGGCUGGUCGGCACUGAGAAAUGCUUGGAAUCCAUAAACUUGAUGCUUGUAAAAGCUAAAGCAAAAGCUGGGAUUGAUGCUGGCACUCGCCUCCGUGCUGUGGGAAUGUCGCUCAGUGGAGGUGAACAGGAGGAAGCCAUCCAGAAACUGAUUGAAGAAAUAAAAAUGCGAUUCCCCACACUUAGUGAAAGCUACUUAAUCACUACAGAUGCAGUUGGAGCAAUGGCAACAGCUAGUGAACAUGGAGGUGUGGUGCUGAUUUCAGGCACUGGAUCAAACUGCAAGUUAUUAAAUCCAGAUGGCAGCCAGGUGGGCUGUGGUGGCUGGGGCCACUUAAUGGGAGAUGAGGGCUCCGCUUACUGGAUUUCACACCUGGCAGUGAAGACCGUCUUCGACACCUGUGAUAACUUCAAUGCUUCCCCUUAUGGUAUUGACUUUGUACAGCAAGCAAUGUAUGAUUACUUCCAGGUUUCAGACCGAAUGGGAAUUCUUACUCACCUCUACAGAAGCUUUGAGAAAUCCAAGUUUGCUGGAUUCUGUCGAAAACUUGCUGAAGGAGCUCAGGAUGAAGAUCCCCUCUGUCAGCAUGUUUUCAACCAAGCGGGGCAAGUGCUUGCUAAACACAUUGUAGCUGUCCUACCCAAAGCACACAAGAGUCUUUUUGAUGGAGAGCUGGGAUUACCCAUUCUAUGUGUGGGUUCAGUCUGGAAGAGCUGGCCAUUCAUGAAGAAAGGGUUCACUGAAGUUCUAGCCAAAUCUGCAUCCUCAUCUUUCAUCCGGUUCAGCCUCUUGACCUUGAAGCACUCCUCAGCAGUGGGUGGCGCUAGCCUGGGUGCUAGACACAUUGGCCAGAGGCUGCCUCUUGACUUUGCUGCCAAUGUAGAAAUCUUCUACACACAUUCUUUCAAUGGGCCAGGAGAUGGACCCUGAAGAACUGGCAUGGGGUUGGUGGGGUCUUAUACUGUUAGCCAUUUACAUUUGGACCAAACACAAAUUCUCAAAUUACUCAUUAGACAUCCGAGCCUUAAACUGUCACUUGAGAAAUGUCUCAACAUGUCCUCCUCCAAUCUUGAAAAAAAUGUUUAAAUAUGGUUAAUUAGUUAAUGCAUUAAUAAUUUGUAGAGACCCUCUUUGGGUGCAAUCAGGAAGACAAAACUUUAACUGACGGUGAUCAUUCUUGUAUUGAAAGAAAGCUAAGCCAUACACAAGUUCUCAUGCAUUAGAUCUUCUUAAUACAACUUGAAAAUUGGCCACUAUUGAUUCUCUGAAAGGUGCUGACCAAGCAGCAGAAUCUUUGGAGCUCUUGUUUAGAGUUCAGUCCAUUAAUUAAUCAUUGUUUUGUUGUGUGUCCGUUUUGUUCUCCAGCAGUUGUACCCUUUGGCAUUGUCUAGCACGAUGCUACCAUAUGUGUCAUUUGUAUUGAACUCUUUGGAGAUCCACCUAACAACCUGUCUCAGGCAGAAAGCUGGAUGUUUGUCCAUUUCAGAAGCUGAUUUCAGCAGCCUGUGGGAGGAAACUCGCAAGAGCACAUAGAUAAUAGGAGAAGGUGCAGUAUAUACAUGGGUACAAAACUGGCUUAAACAGCUGACUUCACCUGGCAUUGGGGGAAUUGUGCUGUUGGGCAGACCUGCACUAUGCUGUUUAAAGAGGGCUGGGAUAUCCCACACUUGUCACCUUCUCAUAUCUAAAAGUUUGCAUUAAUGAAACCAAAUUACUCAAAUCACCUACCAGUGACUGUCAGUGAACAGACCUGUGGGGUCCUUAAAAUCAAGUGAACUUUGUGCCAUAAUUUGCAAACGUUCACAAUCAGAUGGUGGGCUUUUGUGUAGAAAUUUCAAGAUGAAAUGGGUGUUUUGGGGCUUUAUUUUAUUGAUGGAGCUACUCCUGAUUGCCAGCUACUUUUGCAGAAGGUGUUAAAUUUGUAAUAUUUUGAAAAGUUUUAAAAUUGUCUCAAAUGCUUCUAUGUAGCAUUAUGAAUAUAACAGAACUAAAUAUGAAUUAUACAAAUAAGCAAAAUUCAUCUGACAUUGUAAAAAACGCACCCCCUCCGAGCAGUCACGGUCAGAUCAGAGCUACUUAAAUAGGGAUGAGGGCCGAAACACAUACAAGUUUACUUCUGUUAACAUCUCAUGCAGAAAUCUGUCCUGCUCCCAUUUCAUGAAUGAGACCCACUGUGGGUGCAGAUAUUGGGCAACGGUCAAUCCUGUCUGCUCUUUAGAUAUGGCCUCCAUUAGAGCUCAGUGUUUAUUCUGUGUCACCACUAGGAGACAUCGCUCAAAGAACUUCACCUUCAUGCAUCAGUACUGACCAUACCUGCUAAACUGAACCCUCGCAGGCCGUUUCCUAUUGUGCUGCUGUUUCAGUGAAACAGAGUGAUCACUGCAAAUGGUAAAUAAUAACCAGUCCUGACAGCAUUCAUCUUGGGGACUGAAUUUUAGAGAUUUAAGGCAUUAUUUUUAACACUGAUCUACUAUUUAUUAUAUUAUUGAACCAUGUCUUGCUUUUUUAGCAAAAUUAAGGUGACAUUAUACUACACAGUAUGUGAUCCUUUAGUUCAGUCUACUGUUCUGUCCAAGCACAUUAAGUCUGAGAGCAACCAUUUAAAGGGAAAUCAGGAAAGCAAAAAGGGCAUUUAGAGAGUAAUAAUGUGGAUUGGUUGACCCAAAGUGAUGACUGUUCUUUUACUUUUUCUUUUUUUAAUGAGCAUUUAUCUGAAAUUCAAUAUCCUCCCACCAGUUACUUGAUGGUUUGGAAACUGUAUAGAGAGAAGUGCUGCUUAGAUCAAAUAGUCAAACAGAUCACAAGGGGGGCUUGUUUAUAAAGCUUGCACACACACAAAAACAGGCUUGAAUUAUGUGAACACAACUUUCAAUGCAAACAUCAGGAUUUAUAAAAGGAAACAUGAUGGGAGAACUUGUAUACAUUUAUGGCAACUCUGCCCCAUCAGCACACAACAUUUUGGGGAGACUGAUAAAUGAUGACACUGUUCAUCCUGAAGUAGGCAAUUGUAGCAAAAUGACAACCUGCAUGUGCAAUCAUUCAUAUAACUGAGCCAUUAUUAUAACGUGUUGAUGUGACAAACAUAUUACACCUCAAAAUGUGGUAUGAUGUACAGAUGUAUUUUAGUUCCCUUUUAAGAGGAUAUAUCCUGCACAUUUGCACUGAAAAUGCAUUGUUAUCUUUGUAUAUCAGCUACCUGUUGUGACUUCUCAGGAAACUGGCUGACAGGUCAGCAGCAUCUCAACCAGGCUUCAAACCACCUUACUUGUUGUGCUGCACACCAUUAAGUGACCAGUGAGGCUCUACAUUCAGUUUUCAUUGGCUGUGGGUGUACAUGCAUACAUUAGUGUCACAUUCUCCUAAUGUAACCUGAACACUUUACUGCACUUACAUUUAAAUAAGGGAACCUAGUGAGAAUGAAGCUGCUUUUGUUAACUGUAAGCAGUGACACUCCAUUAACACACAAGUUAUUUGUGAUGCCAAGAUGAGACUGACAAACACUGAUUUUUGAGGCAAAGCAUCUUUGACUCCCAGAGUGAUGCUGCGUGUGGUGGCCUGGUUGUUAGGCUGUAUGAAAGACAUGUGCCAGGUGAUAGUGAACAAAACUCUCAGAUGAUGGCACCUUAUGAUUUUUUGCCAACUCCCACUAUGCUGAGGCGAGGCACUAAAAUCUUGUCUAUGAAUUUGUUCUCUCUGUUGUAGAACACAGCCCGAUAAUCUGAAGGCAGGUGGCGGGGUCAUGAUGGGGCAGGCUGCUCUGCUAGCCAAUGAGGUUCUAUAGCAUGAAGAUUAUACAGUCGAUGGAUGAGGCUCACUGACAUGUUCCAUCGUGGAUGUUUUAGGCCAAAUGAAAUCUAUAAAGGCUAAACGGAGUGGAAAUGUGCCAGGAUUUAUAGAUCUGAUUUUUUUUUUUGGCAUGUACAUACAGGUAUUUUCAUGCUCUAAUCCACACUGUUUUAUAAAUGAGGCCCCAGUACUAGGUAAUAUUCAUCCCUGCAUGUUUAAGGAGGUUAUUGAGUACAUAUAUAAACCCAAUAUAUCAUAACAGUUCUCUCUAGGAAUUCCUACAGACACAAACACACGUCCCAUCAUAUAGAAAGGGCGAUCAGGCUGCUCCAAGUAGCUACAGGCCAGUAAGAGUAACAUACAGCAUGGCUAAAGGUUGUUAAGGAAAAGAUGGAGUAACAAAUGGCAGUUUGGGUGGGUAGACUGUGUGGGCUCAGAUGGGGAGGCUGGAAUUCAAUGAGAAGCAAAAAGUAUACAAUAUGAUAGGUGUAAGUGGUACUGUUGGUGUGGUUUCUGAUUAAGUAACCUUGAGAGGAAUCAAAAUAAAUAGGAGAAGGUGCUAUGUAUACAUGGAUACAAAGUUGACUUUAGAAACAGAGAAAUUUCUCAGAAUUAUGUGUUAAACAUGGCAUCUCUCAGGGAGUAUUGUUGUGGUUUUAUUUUUUUAUAUAUAUAUAUAUAUAUAUAUAUAUAUAAAUAAAAUGAACAAUCUUGAUACAGAUAAAAGUAAAAAGAUGAUUGUACAUUAUCUUGCCUUCCUCCAAGUUUAGUACAGUAUUACCUAUAAAUCAGUUGAAUCUUCAUAGAUGGAACUGGACAAAGUACAGGCAAUGACAGCUAAAUGUAAGGUCAAUACAUUUAAGUAAAAAUGCCCGAGUUGAAUCCACAAUGGGAUAUUUGAAGGACCUGAGAGGCGUAGUGAACUCAUCGCGAUGUUCAUCCAGACAUUGGUCGGAGGUCACGCUCGAGUUUUACAAUGCACUGGUGAGGCCUCAUCUUGCGUACAGUGUAAAGUUAUGGUCUUCACAUUACAAGAGGUCAGAAGAUGAAAGCGUGGAGUAGCAUUCGCAUGAGUUUGGGAAUCUACUUGACUACUUGGAAAGGUAGUUUAAAAUGUUAUUUCAUCUGUCUCAUCACAUUUAUGAAUUAUUUUUGUAACAGUGAAUCAAAUUUUAUAAAGGACUGUUAAUGGAGUAUAUAAAAUAGAUUUUAAAACUGCACUUUA